UUAACGAUUUACCAUCGAAUCUUCUUCGGCCCUUUCUCAAAUUCUGUUUCUACUCAAGUCAUACUCAUACUCAUGCUCAUUUUCUGACUCUAGCAGAAAAAGAAAUUCUUCGAAUUCAGAAGGCUUUCGUCCACACUCCCAUUGCCAUCUGACGCAAUUAUUGCUUUGAUCGAUGUCGUUGAGGCCGAGCGCCAAGACGGAGGCCCGCCGGAGCCGGUACAAGGUGGCGGUGGACGCUGAUGAGGGACGCCGGAGGCGGGAGGACAUCAUGGUCGAGAUCCGGAAGACUAAAAGAGAGGAGAAUUUGACCAAGAAGCGCCGGGAGGGGCUUCAGUCUGCAGUCAACCUUCCGCAACUUGAUAACAAGCUACAAAGUCUUUCGGCGAUGGUUGAUGCUGUUUGGUCUGACGAUGCUACGCAACAACUGGAGUCCAUGACUAAGUUCCGUAAACUUCUUUCAUUUGCAAUAGAGCGGGCUCCGCCAAUCCAGGAAGUAAUACGGUCCGGAGUUGUUCCUAGGUUUGUGGAGUUUCUUGCUAGGGACGAUUAUCUGCAACUUCAGUUCGAGGCCGCAUGGGCACUCACGAAUAUUGCCUCUGGAACAGCUGAUAACACCAAGCUUGUGAUUGAUCAUGGGGCUGUCCCAAUAUUUGUGAGACUUCUUACUUCUCCUAGUGAUGAUGUUCGUGAGCAGGCAGUCUGGGCUUUAGGAAACAUUGCAGGUGACUCACCAAAAUGCCGUGAUCUGGUUCUUGGUUAUGGGGCCUUAGUGCCAUUGUUGUCGCAUUUCAAUGACAAAUCGAAGCUAUCCAUGUUGAGAAAUGCAACAUGGGCUCUAUCAAACUUAUGUCGGGGAAAGCCACAACCCCAUUUUGAACAGCUGAAGCCCGCCCUCCUUGCUCUCACUCUUCUUAUUCAUAUGAAUGAUGAAGAGGUCCUAACAGAUGCAUGCUGGGCUCUUUCGUAUCUGUCUGAUGGUGUUAAUGAGAAAAUUCAAGCUGUGAUUGAUGCUGGUGUUUGUCCUCGUCUCAUUGAGCUUUUACUACACCCAUCAGCAUCUAUUUUGAUACCAGCCUUACGAACUGUUGGCAAUAUUGUGACUGGUGAUGAUGUCCAGACUCAGGCAAUCAUUGAAAAGGGGGCUCUUCCUUGCCUGCUUAACUUGUUGACUCAAAAUCAAAAGAAAAGUAUCAAGAAAGAAGCUUGUUGGACCAUCUCAAACAUAACAGCAGGAAAUAAGGACCAGAUCCAGGCUGUGAUUGCGGCUGGUAUUGUUGGCCCUCUCAUUGCUCUGCUUCAAAGUGCUGAAUUUGACAUAAAGAAAGAGGCUGCCUGGGCUAUUUCAAAUGCUACUUGUAGUGGAACUCCUGACCAGAUCAAGUUUUUGGUUGGCGAGGGGUGUAUAAAGCCGAUAUGUGAUCUUCUAGUAUAUCCUGAUCCAAGAAUCAUCACGGUCUGCUUGGAAGGCCUUGAGAACAUUCUUAAGGUUGGAGAAGCUGAGAAGAACCAAGGUAAGACCGGCGAUGUGAAUGUGUAUGCUCAGAUGAUUGAUGAUGCAGAAGGUCUGGAGAAGAUUGAAAAUCUUCAAAGUCAUGACAACAAUGAAAUCUAUGAGAAGUCGGUGAAGAUCAUUGAAACAUAUUGGUUGGAUGACGAUGAUGAACAGGUGAUGUCUGGAGAUGGUACACAGCAAUCUGGCUUUGAUUUUGGAGGCGGUGACCUACCUGUUCCAAGGGAGGGCUUUAAAUUUGUUUGAAGUUGAAAUUUACAGAUGUGGAUCUCUCUGGCUGGUCGAGUUUUGUCUGGAGUCUGGUCGGCUGUUGUGUUUUUAGCAUAUGGUAAUCCCAGAUGUGGAUGAGAGACGAGGUCGGAUACAGGAUACCAGAAAGGGGUUGUCUGGAGGUGUAUCUCACAAGUUUUCGUCUGCGGAGAACCAUAUUUGCAAAAUAGAGUCCUGUUUUUUUGUAAUCUUACCAUUUUUUUUUCUGCAAAGGUAGGAUGAAUCUUAUGUAGUAGGAGUAAAUUUUUUGGAAAACAUUUUCCAUGACCGCCAGAGUAAAUACAGUUGAAAUUGAGAUUUGUAUUUGUAUUUGUA